UCUUGCUCGUCUUUGUUAUACGUCAAAAACAGAAACUGUGCAGAUUGUUUUCCAUCGUUUAUUUGUUGGUUUGCGCGUUACCGACAGGGUGCAACUGAAGUUGCACAUUGUAGGUUCUAUCAAGUAGUCGUUUAUAUCCAAUAAUGUCGAGUGUUGAUAGAAUUGAUUUUGAAAUGGAGGUUGAGGUGGAGAGUGCUUCAUCUGGGCCGGCUGUGGAUGCUCCUAACCCCACAUCACCAGCUCCGCCAGCACCAGGAGGUGCUAAGAGUGUGGUGGUCACCACUGCGACCUCCGGCUCCGUGACGGUAUCUCUACAUCCCCUUGUGAUAAUGAAUGUAUCUGAACAUUGGACUAGGUUACGUGCACAAGAGGGCUCUCCACAGAUAGUUAUUGGUGCCUUGAUUGGGAAACAAAAGGGUCGAAACAUAGAAGUGAUGAACUCAUUUGAGUUAAUGUUCAGUGUUAUUGAAGGAGAUAUCAUAAUUGAUAGAGACUAUUACAAUUUAAAGGAAGAACAGUUUAAGCAAGUAUUCUCUGACAUGGACUUCCUGGGCUGGUACACCACGGGAGACACGCCAACUGACAAGGACAUUGCCAUUCACAGACAGAUCUGUGAUAUCAACGAGUGUCCCGUCAUGUUGAUGCUAAACCCAGCUGGGAGGAACGGAGAUCAACUUCCAGUGGUGCUGUAUGAGUCUGUAAUAGAUGUAGUAAAUGGUAGAGCCACAAUGUUACUGGCACCUCUCACAUACACAUUGGCUGCUGAGGAGGCUGAAAGAAUUGGAGUGGACCAUGUUGCCAGGGUGUCAUCUGGUGAAGCUGCACUUAACAGUUUAGUGGCAGAGCACCUAACAGCUCAGCGAUCAGCUAUCAAGAUGUUAGUGUCUCGUGUGCGCGCGGUGCUGGCGACAGUGCGCGCGAUCCGUGACGGCUCGCUGCCGCCGCGGCCGGCGCUGCUGCGCGAGGCGCGGGCGCUCUCCAACAGGCUGCCCCUACUUACUUCGCAACAGUUCCGCACACAUUUCUAUAACCAAUGCAAUGACGUGGCGCUGAUGACUUACCUGGGCACGAUCACGAAGGGCUGCAACGCCAUCAACCAGCUAGUGAACAGAUUCAAUGUACUAUAUGAUAGACAGGGCAUGGGACGCCGCAUGCGAGGACUUUUCUUUUAGGGUGGACAUUAAUAUUGCCUCUUUUGUACAGCAACUACGAAAGCAUAGAGUGAGUGGAAAACUAGCAUUUUUUCUUUUUUGUAACCAGUGGGAGUUUGUUUUUCCAUGAAUUCUAUACUCAGUACUAAUAAGGAACUUUAUUAUGUGGCAGUUGAUUGUGAUUCAGAUCUUUGCUCUGAAAAUAUUACUUCCACACUAAAAUGAUUGUGUAUAUGUUGUGGGUGGAAACAAUUUCAAAAUAUUGAAAAACUUAAGUUGCUAUAAAAUUAAGAUUCAAAAUGUAAAGUCAAUAAAACAAAGUUAGGGUCUAUGCACAAGAAUGCUUUGGGCAACGGAUUUACAAUAUUUUAAAGCUUGUUGUAUUACCAAAUUAUGAAAAACUUAAAACAUACAAAAAAUGCUUGGGAAUCAAUCAUGUGAAUAGACCUUAAUUAAUUGGUGAUUAUAUUGACAUAGUGACUGAUUUUAUUAAUUUGUAGCUACUGAAAAUAAAUAUGUCUCAUAAAUUAAA